GAUGAGCGCCAUGUCUCCGUGGUUCCUAACCGCGGUGUUUGCCGCCAUGUUUGGUCCUGUGGCGGUCCAGGCGGCGGCUGACGUGACGGCCCCCGCGGGGAGAGUGGUGGGGCUGGAGCAGGACGUGGACGGCACGACGGUCAACAUGUUCCUGGGGAUCCCGUUCGCACAGCCACCUGUUGGAGCCCGGCGGUUCCGGCGGGCGGAGCCUCUACAGCCAUGGGACGGGGUCUACAACGCAACAAGGAAACCGAACGCCUGCAUUCAGCUCGCUACCACCCUUGGGUCGGCCGUGGUGCCGGACCUGCAGAUCAACACGCCGCUGAGUGAGGACUGUCUGUACCUGAACGUGUGGCAGCCGACCCCCCUCCCCACCGCGGCGGCCGUCAUGGUCUGGAUCUACGGCGGCAGCUUCCAAUCUGGUUCGUCUGCCCUUGACCUGUACGAUGGCCGGUACCUGGCAGCCACAGAGGGAGUCCUGGUGGUGAGUGUGAACUACCGGCUCAGCACGCUGGGGUUCGCCUACAGCGGGACGGACGCCGCGCCCGGAAACAUGGGGCUGACGGACCAGGUACUAGCGCUGCAGUGGGUACAGGACAACAUCGCGUCGUUCGGAGGCGACCCUGCAAAGGUCACUGUCUUCGGGGAGAGUGCGGGCGGGAUGAGCGCCGGUUUCCUUCUGAUGUCUCCAGAGAGCAGGGGUCUGUUCAAUCGCGCCAUCAUGCAGAGUGGAACGGCUGUACUCAACCCGCUUGUCUACCCAAGACCUGCAGACGGCGCGUACGACAGCACCAAGGCGCUGGCAGGGAGUCUGGGAUGUACCACUGAAGAAGGACCAGCAGCCAUGAUGAACUGUCUGAGAGAAAAGGACGCCGAGAGCCUUGUAGCCAGCAGUCCGCCCAUCUACCCAGUUAUCGAUGGGACCUUUAUCUCAGACAAUCCGGAAAAGGCCCUUAUUGAUGGAGAGUUUGAACACAUGGACAUCCUGCUUGGGACUAACUCAGAUGAGGGGAUGCUGUUCUUUAUACUCUUCGGACUUCCAGGCUACACUGUCGGCUCUGAAACCAGCAUCACAAGAGAUCAGUUCAAACAGAAUGUCCGUGCCAUGACGAUUGGUCUUAACGAUUUGGCAGUAGAGGCAGUCGCCUUCCAGUACACCGACUGGCGCCGUCCCGACGACAGCGACAUGUACCGAGACGCCCUAGACACUGUCCUGACGGACUGGUCGUUUGUUUGCCCGGCCUUUAGAACGGCUCGCGCCCAUACCCGAGUCGGGAGAACCGCUUACAUGUACGAUUUUGUCCAUCGACCCUCCAACUCUCUCGCCCCAGACUGGGCGGGUACGCUUCACACUGAUGAAAUACAGUUUGUGUUCGGCCGGCCCCUGAAUGCUGCCAUGGGGUACACUGCCGAGGAGGUCGACCUGUCACGUAGGAUGAUGCGGUACUGGGCAAACUUCGCUAAAACUGGAAACCCCAACAACAAUGGCGAGGUGGCAUGGAGCCCGUACACGGAGUCCAGCCGAGGCGUCCUGAUGUUGGACACGGACGCGCCCCGCAUGGUGACCGGGCAGAAGGCCAGGGAGUGUGCCCUGUGGGAGAACUACGUGCCAACUCUCCUCAACAACACAGCAAUGGCAGAAGAGCCCGAGCAGUGCGUGGCGGUUGCAGAAUCUAGUUCGGCAGCACUUUGGGGACAAAGUCUGACGGUGGUUCUCCUCCUGAACUUCAUCAAGGACAUCAUCAGCUUCAUCACGGCGGCAAUCUUCGUCGUGCUAUAAGAGGAACAGACAGGUGCUUGCACUGGACCAAGCACGGCUGACGACAAUACUUAAUCAUAUAACAUUUUCAACUCAUUUUCCAAAUGAUUUGUUCAUAACAUGACUCUGCACAUUUAGAUCUAAUCUUUUUCCACAUCACGGUUUGUCAUAGUGCAUAUUGUUGAAGAGAUAUAUAGGAUAUCAAGAAUGUGUUGUUGACGUAUCAAUUUUUUACCCAACCGAUGCUGGUAUAUAAUUUGUCUCAUCUGAUGCAGGACAUAAUUCAUAAACAUUGGUAAAACUAAUAUAAUAUUGUACAAUUGAUACAACUUGCUUUUUUUACCAAGACGGAUAGCCGAGCAGACAAGCUCUAAUUGUUUUUCGAAUAGAGACGUAUACAACCUGAAGACCAACCAUUGUAUUAAUUGUAAUUUCUAUCGUUUUGGAUAAAUUUUUUGGAUUUUAAGUAUGAACAUAAUGUGUAGUAAUAACAACGAAGUAUUCUCAUUUUACAGAAGAAAGCAUUCAACAAAAAUAAAGGACAAUCUUUGUGUCAAAACUUCUUGAGUCCAA